AAGAAGAAGAAGAAGAAGAAGAAGAAAAUAAGAUGAAGACGACGAAGAAGAAGAGGAGAAGCUCGUUUUCGGCGUCGUACUUCCGCUACAGCGAGCGUGAGCUAGCGUUCGUUACCCGAGCGUGUUUGUGAUAUUUUCGACCUCAAGUUUGUAUGUUUGAAAACAAAAGAAUACGCGACAAAAUGGAGGGCUAUAUAUAGACGUGUAGUUUCCUCUCGGUGGGAGUGUAUGCCACCACUUUAGUUUGUAGUGAAUGUUUAGUUGAGUGAGCUCGGUGAAAGCUAGCGGUAGUCACUGUUGCUAUUCACGGCGUCGUUGCUUCGUCGUUGCGGGCGAGUGGGAACAUGGCGAACCUAGAACAAUGGGUAAAUGACCGUCUCCAUGACAUACUUGGGUUGAGUGACAGAUAUGUGGCCCAGUUUAUGAUUGGUAUAGCACAGAAAUCCUCCGGCUAUCAAGACUUUGUGACCCGUCUCCAGCAGACGGGUACCAUCGACAUUGAUCAGAGUGUGAUUGCCUUUGCUCAUGAGCUCUAUGACAAGGUUCCCCGCAAGCAAGUUGUGGAGAAGCAGGCUCGAGUGACUGAACGGCAAGCCAUUGAGAUGGAGAGGAAGAACCGGACGUACACUCUGGUUGAGGACAGUGAUAGCGAUGGUGAUGCUUUGAAAGAGAAGGAUAGGGGGAAAAAGAAGAACAAGGGCCAAAACCGAGGUAACAAGAGGAAGCACAUCAGACAGAAAAAGGAAAGUGAGUCAUCAAGUGAAGAGGAACAGCCCAAAAGGGGUAAUUCAGGCCAAGGCAACCAGAGGUCAGUGGAGGAAGAGGAGGAGUGGGAGAGAGAGGAGCGAGAGCGGCUGCAGGAUAUUGAGGAGAGAGAUGCUUUUGCUGAGCGAGUAAAACAGAAAGACAAAGAAAAGACCCGUAACAUAGCAGAGAGGACAGACAAAAAGGCAUACGAGGAGGCUCAGAAGAGGCUGAAGAUGGCUGAGGAAGAUCAGAGGAAAAUGCUGCCAGAGUUGAGGAAGCGCUCACGCUGGGACUACCUGCAGAAGAGGGAGGCAGAGAAGCUGGAGGACCUGGAGGCGGAGAUUGCGGAUGAUGAGUACCUGUUCUCCACAGACGAGCUGACUGAAAGGGAGAGGAAGGACUUGGAUUACAAACGCACCCUCCGUGACCUGGCCCGGGAAUACAAGAAGGCUGGUGCCAAGGAGGCAGACGAGAGGAAGAACCGAUACUACAUGCCGGAGGAGAAGAGGAGCAAGGAGGUGCCUCAAAGGGACCUGGAGCUGGAGCAGACCCCCAUGGAGCUGGGAGGGGAGCAGGGCCGCUGGGAGGAGGAGAGGCUGAAGACGGCCUCGCUCAGCUUUGGGGCCAAGCAGGAGAGGGAGCGAUGGAUGAAGGAGGAAAAGGACAAGUACCAGCUUAUCCUGGAGGAGGAUGAGAUGAUCAACUUUGUCAGCAGUGCCGUCACCAUGAAGGGAACCCUGUCAGAAAAGGAGCAAGAAGCCAGGGCCCUUUCACAGGCGGAGCUCAAGAAACAGUCGAUUCAGGAGGUGAGGCGCAGUCUGCCAGUCUUCCCCUACAGAGAAGACCUCCUGGCUGCCAUCCAUGAGCACCAGAUCCUGGUCAUUGAGGGGGAGACGGGCUCUGGAAAGACCACACAGAUCCCACAGUAUCUCAUGGAGGAUGGCUACACAAAAGGUGGCAUGAAGAUUGGGUGUACGCAGCCUCGCAGAGUGGCAGCCAUGUCCGUGGCAGCCCGAGUGGCGGAGGAGAUGGGCGUAAAGCUGGGGAAUGAGGUUGGCUACAGCAUCCGUUUUGAGGACUGUACAUCAGAAAGGACGGCGCUGAAGUACAUGACGGACGGCAUGCUCCUGAGAGAGUUUCUCACCGAGCCUGACCUGGCCAGCUACAGUGUGAUCAUCAUAGACGAGGCCCAUGAACGCACGCUCCACACAGACAUCCUCUUUGGUCUAAUUAAGGACAUAGCCCGGUUCAGACCAGAUCUGAAGGUGCUGGUGGCCAGUGCCACUCUGGACACGGAGCGCUUCUCAUGUUUCUUUGAUGAUGCGCCCGUCUUCCGGAUUCCUGGCAGGAGGUUCCCAGUUGAUAUUUACUACACUAAGGCUCCAGAGGCAGACUACCUGGAGGCGUGUGUGGUGUCCGUGCUACAAAUCCAUGUCACCCAGCCCCCUGGAGACAUCCUUGUCUUCCUCACCGGACAGGAGGAGAUUGAAGCAUGCUGUGAACUGCUUCAGGAGAGAUGCAGGCGCCUGGGAUCAAAGAUCUCCGAGCUUUUGGUGCUGCCCAUUUAUGCCAACCUACCCUCUGAUAUGCAGGCCAAGAUCUUCAACCCCACUCCCCCCGGGGCCCGCAAGGUGGUGGUGGCCACUAACAUAGCAGAGACCUCCCUGACCAUAGACGGCAUCAUCUACGUCAUUGACCCUGGCUUCUGCAAACAGAAGAGUUACAAUGCCCGCACGGGCAUGGAGUCGCUCAUCGUAACGCCCUGCUCCCGGGCCUCAGCCAAUCAGAGAGCAGGCCGUGCAGGCAGAGUGGCUGCUGGGAAAUGUUUCAGGCUGUACACAGCUUGGGCCUUUAAGCAUGAGAUGGAGGAGACCUCUGUGCCUGAGAUCCAAAGAACCAACCUGGGAAAUGUAGUCCUACUGCUGAAGAGUCUGGGCAUCAAUGAUCUCAUUCACUUUGACUUCAUGGAUCCUCCCCCACAUGAGACUUUGGUGUUGGCUCUUGAGCAGCUGUAUGCCCUGGGAGCGCUGAACCACCUUGGAGAGCUGACCAAGCUAGGUCGCAGAAUGGCGGAGCUGCCGGUGGAUCCCAUGCUGAGCAAAAUGAUCCUGGCCUCCGAACAGUAUAAAUGUUCGGAGGAGGUGCUGACCAUAGCGGCCAUGCUUUCGGUAAACAACUCCAUCUUUUACCGACCCAAAGACAAGGUGGUGCAUGCUGACAAUGCCAGAAUGAACUUUGUGGUGCCAGGUGGAGACCAUCUUGUGCUCCUCAAUGUCUACACACAGUGGAUGGAGAGUGGGUACUCAACCCAGUGGUGCUAUGAGAACUUCAUCCAGUUCCGCUCCAUGAAGAGGGCCCGGGAUGUCAGGGAGCAGCUGGAGGGCCUGAUGGACCGCAUCGAGGUGGAAGUGGUCAGCUCUCAGGGAGAAAGCAUGCCCAUCCGCAAAGCAGUGACUGCCGGCUAUUUUUACCACACAGCACGGCUAAGCAAAGGGGGCUACAAGACGGUGAAGCACCAGCAGACAGUCUACGUCCACCCCAACAGCUCUUUGUUUGAGGAACAACCUCGCUGGCUCAUAUACCACGAGCUGGUCUUCACUACCAAGGAGUUCAUGAGACAGGUGAUUGAAAUAGACAGCGGCUGGCUGCUGGAGGUUGCUCCUCACUACUACAAAAGCAAGGAGCUGGAUGACGGGAGUAGCAAGAAGAUGCCCAGGAAGCAGGGCAAGACCAAAGAGGAACUGGGCUGAGGCGACAGAUGGUGUUUAAAAUGGCAAAAAAGGCGCAUAAACAGGGGAUCCCAACCCUGGCAUUCAGGGCUCCUACACAAGCCUGAACCCUCGCUGUAGGGAACAUUUAGCUUUUUUAUUUCUGGCCCUGAGAAAGAUUUUUGGAAUUGCAGAAGAAGUCAAAAGGUUUUGGAAAAACAUUACCCUUCAGUGAAAUAGAUAUACACAGUAUAUCCUACACUACUGUCCCCUCACGUGUUGGGGUGUUAGUGUUGAAAAUAGUUCAGGGUUAUAUAAUACAGGUGACAUAGUUGAUAGUAAUAUUGUCCAUUCAAAACAUUGACCUGACUGAGUAAUUAUUAACCACACAAGCUAUUCAGGUCUGUGUGGGAUUUUUCAAGGAAAUAUUCGUAGGAAGCCUGCACACACACACACACAACUUGGCAAGUCACACGAGCAGCUGAGCGAUGUGUCCAGGAGGAAGUGGAUAGACGCCUCAUCCAGGCUGGCUAACUGGUAAAUCCCCUAUACGAGCUGGGGCCACAACAAGGAAAGGUUAAUGCGCUGGGAUUUGCGUCUCAAGCUUGCGUGGGGCCCCAUCGAGCAGCAAGAGGAGGACUUGCUGGGUGGGUUUUUCUGCUCAUUAGGAAAACAUGAGGCAGACGGUUUGUUUUUCAGGUGUUGUUUGCUUACGCUAAGUGAGAAAUUGUUCCAUAUUUUGUGGUAAUGUGAAAGCAUUCAUUGCACACAUGCAAAAGAGACUCACCCACAGUGAAUAAUGUCCACACAAUGUGUAUGACUCGAGUGUGGCCUCCUAUCUUUAUUUUUCUACAAUAAACUUUUCCAGCUCUUGUUUUC